AUGAAACUAAAGGAAAUUUUUUUGUGUCUUAUCUCUUUAUUCAUUUCGACAAGUACAAAAGAAGUCACCGUGGAUUGUUUCUGUUUAAACGUCCCAUUACUUACAUAUUCUCUAUACGAGUAUUCAUGUUACGGAGAAUCAAGUGGAACAUUUCGUGAAGGAGAUUCACUCGUUAUUUCGUGCGUUCAUGAAGGAAGUUUUGGAGAUGAAAACGUUCGAUUCUUUGGACGAGACACAAGGAAUGACGGACUAGAUUUCGAAGUUAUUCCAACAGAAAUUCAAGAAAAAUUUCCAAACCUUCGUAGACUUGAACUCAGAAAUACUGGAAUUAAAUAUAUUACAAACGAUUCAUUUAAAAACGGCAACAAUCUUACGUGGAUCUCUCUCAUUGAUAAUAAAUUGAAAGCUCUUCCUGCAAAUUCUUUCAAUGGGCUUGAAAGCUUAACAUAUUUGGAUUUAUCCAGAAAUAAAAUCAGUUAUAUAAAUCGUGAUUUGUUCAGAUGUUGUGACGUUUUAGGGGAGCUCAAGUUAAAUGAUAAUCAGUUAACAACUUUCCAGUUGGGAUUUCUAGAGACAUUGACGAACUUAAGGAGUUUGGAUAUCAGUUCAAAUCGGUUAAAUCGUUUAAUUGCUAAAGAUUUUAAAAUGUUGAAGUUAUUAACUAACGUCAUAGCAAGAAAUGCAUCAAUUUAUGCCAUUGAAGCUGGUUUGUUCUCUGAAAUGAUGAUUUUUGCAACUAUUGACCUAAGAAGUAACAUUUGUACUACUAGCAAUUUUGUUAAAACUAAUAGAACAGAAUUAAAUGUAGCGCUUCAAUCAUGUUUUUCCAACUUUGAAAAUUCUUUUUGUGAAUAUUUCUAUGACAAUGAAAAUUUAUAUUCGUGCAAAUUAACUGCGAUUUACUUGGAAGAUCAGCAAAAGGAGUUCGCCAUAAGUGGAAGUCAUCUGAACAGUAAUAAUGAUGAGAAUGUGCAAGUAAUUCAGACGGUCAAUUCACGUUUAGAUUUAUUCCCUGAAGGAAUUUCAGAGAAAUUUCCAAAUGUUAAGAAAUUAAACUUGUGGAAUGUUCAAUUGCAGCGCUUGGUGCUAAAUGAAUUUGAAGAUUUUAAAUAUUUAACUACUUUAGAUUUAAGACUCAACCAUAUUACAAAAGUUAUCGAUGAGUGGUUUCAGAACUUCGUGCCACUGAAACAUUUGAUUUUGAUCAGAAAUGAAAUUGGGGAAAUCGAAGAAAAUUCAUUCUCUGGUCUUGUUGAUUUAAACUUUCUUGAUUUGUCGUACAACAAUUUGACUUCUGUUCCACAUCAAGCAUUGAAAUCUCUUUCAAAUUUGCGUUCUUUGUAUUUGAAUGCUAAUUUUAUUGCUGCUCUAGUUGAUGACUCUUUUGAAGUUUUAGCUAAACUUAGAACUUUGAGACUUGCUGGGAACAACAUUGAAAGAAUAUCAGGAAAGUCAUUUCAAAGUCUGCAUAAUUUGAGAGAACUGCAAAUGCAAGACAACAAGCUUUCAGAACUUCCAAUCGAACUUUUCUCAUCUUGUAUAAAAUUGGAGUAUGUGAACUUGGAACAUAACGAACUUGUUUACUUCACACCGAAAUAUUUUGCAAAUGUUCUCAACUUAAAUUAUUUGGAUUUGUCUUCAAAUAAAAUUGAAAUUAUAACAGACAUAGAAGAGUUCGCGAAACUGAAGCAACUCUCGACAUUUUUCUUAUCUCACAACAAAUGUUUCGAUAAGAAUUAUGACGAUUUCUAUUAUCAAGAUUUAAUGCUUCCUGAUUGUUGA